AUAACUCGACGCCAGAUCCUACAGAUAACUCGACGCCAGAUCCUACAGAUAACUCGACGCCAGACCCUACAGAUAACUCGACAUCAGGUGCUACAGCGGCAUCUGGGCCAACGGCAUCAGGGUUAGUGGCAUCAGCGAAUACGACAUCAACGACACCACCCAAGCCAGCGACAUCAACACCAUCCACCGGAUCUAAUAUCAAAAUUAAUUCAGUUAUUGCGAGCAUGUUAUUGACAACGGUUCUAGUUGUUCUAGUUCUCUGA